AUGAAAAUAAUCGUGGUGAUAUUUGUAGUUUUGAGGGUUUCGAAAUCAUUACCAGAUUCAAACGGGAACCACAAAGGCUAUGGUUAUUUGGAGACUGACAUUGUUGAAGAACACAACAUUUCUACUGAUGAUUUAAGACAGCACAUGAGACGCAAUCUACAAAAUUUGAAAGACGAGAAACAAAAAGCAAAGCUAGAAAACGAUUUGAAAAAUAUUCCAGACAAUAAGCUAAGAGAUCAAAUGAAACACAUGGACGAAAUCAGAAACACAGGUCAACCAGCUGACAUCGAAGACAUGUCUAUUGAAGAGAUGAGGCAACGUUUAAUGACCUAUUUGGAGAUUUUUAAAGAUCAAGAAAAGAAAACAAUUGCACAACAAAAGUUGCAAAGCAUGUCUGAUAGUGAAAUUAAAGAACGAAUAAAGGGGAUGAUGGUAGCGGUUAAGGAUAGACGGAAAAGAAGCAAAGAAGAUUUAUGAGACCAAUAUGUAUCAAAUAAUGGCAACCCUCUUAUUGAUGUUGAGGAAAUGUAGAGCUGCAUUGAUAUUUUAUUCCAUGAACUUACAUCCCAC